AAAAAAAAAAAAAAAAAAAUGGCAGAUCUUGAGAGCUCAAACAUGGAGCUGAUGCCUAAGCUCAUCACCAUUCUUUCAUCUCUCCUCCAAAGGGCAGCCAAGUCGAACGAUCUCAACCAUCGAUCACAGCCCGAGAUGAUCUCAGCCUUCCACGGCCUCACUCGGCCAACCAUCUCAAUACAGAGCUAUUUGCAGAGGAUUUUCAAGUAUGCUAAUUGCAGUCAUUCUUGCUACAUUGUGGCCUAUGUCUACCUGGACCGGUUCACACGGAGCCAACCGAGCUUGCGGAUUAAUUCCUUCAAUCUUCACAGGCUGCUCAUUACAAGUGUUAUGGUUUCUGCUAAAUUCAUGGAUGACAUGUACUACAAUAAUGCAUACUAUGCUAAGGUUGGAGGGAUUAGCACAGCAGAGAUGAAUUUCCUUGAAGUUGAUUUUCUGUUUGGAUUGGGCUUCAAUUUGAAUGUGAGCCCAUCAACUUUUCAGAAAUACUGUUCAUAUCUACAAAGGGAGAUGGUGAUUUUGCAACCUGAAAAAACCAACAUUUCACAAGGAUUAUUAUUGCCAUCUUCAUUGUGUGCUUCAUCAUCAAAGUCAUCAAAGUCAUCAAACCUGUAUUUGUGUUCCAAUGAAGAAGAUUCCAUCUAAUCAACAACAACUCGCUGUUUGAGCUCGUUUUUCUCAUUUCUUUUUUCUUUCUUUUUUCUUGGUUGUAUCUAUAUUAGAACACAAGUUCUGUUUUUUUUUUUUUU